AUGGAUGCAGCUUUUGGAAUGGAAUAUCUGCAUUCAAGGAACAUAGUGCACUUUGAUUUGAAAUGUGACAACUUGCUUGUCAACUUGAAGGAUCCUUCCCGACCCAUAUGCAAGGUGGCUGAUUUUGGAUUGUCAAAAAUCAAAAGAAAUACAUUGGUUACUGGUGGUGUCAGGGGAACCCUUCCGUGGAUGGCUCCGGAGUUACUAAAUGGUGGCAGUAAUAAGGUUUCUGAGAAGGUUGAUGUCUUCUCCUUUGGGAUUGUACUUUGGGAAAUUCUUACUGGUGAAGAACCUUAUGCCAAUAUGCAUUAUGGAGCAAUCAUAGGUGGUAUAGUAAAUAACACAUUGAGGCCACCCGUGCCAAGCUUCUGUGAUCCCGAAUGGAGAUUACUUAUGGAGCAAUGUUGGGCUCCAGACCCAAUGCUCCGUCCAUCCUUCCCUGAAAUUGCUAGACGCUUGCGUACAAUGUCUGCUGCGAGCAUAACUAGACCACAGGGCCUUGCAACACAGACUCAGCUAUCCAAAUGA